UCUCUCUAGGCAAAUGUAUAGAUCACAGCUGCUGGAGUGCUUGCUACAAACCACAUCAAAAAAGGUGCAUGAACAUCACCCUGUUUCCACCGACCAAUGCCUGUAUUGGCCGCCACAUUCUCAACAUGCACAUCACAUCUUGUAAUCGCACAUAUGACCGGUGCCUAGGAGACUUUUACAUCCUCUUUAAUCCUUGGUGUGCUGAUGACCCUGUGUAUAUGUACAAUGAGGCCCUCAGAAAAGAAUAUGUCCUGAAUGAACAAGGAAUGCUGUACCAGGGAGUUCACAAGCACAUUACUUCUAGACCGUGGCACUUUGGACAGUUUGAAGAUGGCAUUUUGGAUAUCUGCCUGAAACUCCUGGAUAUGGGUGCAAAUUACCAUCAUGACUCUGACCGAGAAAGUAGUUGGCGCAAGGAUCCUGUGCAUGUCAGCAUGGUGGUAAACCACAUGAUUUGUGGCCAUAGCAGUAACAGCAUCAUGAAGCUCCCACAGAACAAUGAUUACCUGCAGGGGGCUAAACCACUGUCAUGGAAUGGAAGUGUUCCCAUCCUUCAGCAGUGGUAUAAAGGCAGAUGUAGGCCAGUCAGAUAUGGAGACUCUGCAUCUCUUGCAUCAGUAAUGUGCACAGUGAUGAGGUGUUUGGGAAUCCCAAGCCGUGUUGUCACAAACUUCUAUUCUCCUCAACGUGCUGAGAACCCCCUUGUUGUCAAUGAACUUUUUGAUUGUACUGGCAAAACACUGCGUGGCAAAGACAGUCUUUGGAGCUACCACUGCUGGAAUGAAUCUUGGAUGGCCCGCAGAGAUCUAAAUCAAUGUUGUGGUGAUUGGCAGUGUCUGGAUCCAACACCCCUGGAGACUGGUAGAGGUUCAAUAUGCUGUGGUCCUACUUGGGUCAGAAGCAUCAAAGAUGGAGAUCUGGACUUGGACUAUGACGGCCAUCAUAUGUUCUCUCGGCUGAAUGCAAGCUGUGUUGGCUGGCUUUCCCAAGGCUCUGUCUCAAAGACAAAACUACACUGUGACACAUGGCCUUGUGGGCAAUACAUCAGCACCAAGUGCAUUGGUAGUGACCUACGGGAGGAUAUCACCAGCGCUUACAAGUAUGAAUUAGGUUCUCUGAAAGACAAAGAAGCAUUUUACAGAGCUUAUAGAAAAAUUCAUUCUGGAUACUGUAAUGCUCCCAAUUCAGAUAUAGACAGAGAGUUAGCAUCUCUCCGAAGCCCAUUCCUGAGUGAUGCUGGUAUUGCUAUGAGGCUUAAGAUGGCUAAUUGCCCUGUAUAUGGCCAAGAUGUCUGUCUGCAAUGGGUGCUUGAAAACUUACGUAAAGAGCCCAAGAACCUGAAUUUCAACUUGUGUGCUCAGGUGAUGACAUGCAAUGGAUGUCCAUUGGAUCAGUUCUGGAAGGACAAUAUGAAUGUCAUUCUGGGUCCAAGGGAAGUGAAAACAAUUCCACUACACAUACCAUUUGACCAGUAUGGGUCUCAUCUCUCUGAUUACAACAUUAUGAGAGUGGUAGCUGUCUCAGAACCAGAAUGUGGUGGUGAAGUCCUGAUGGUGAACAGAGAUAUUGUGAUUAACAAGCCUCCUGUUGAUAUUAAGCUCCUAGGUAAACCAAGGGUGCAUUCUACGUGCACUGCAGAGAUCUCCUUCUGCAAUCCCCUCCAGGAGAACCUGAGGAACUGUGUACUGAACCUGGAAGGUUGUGGACUGUUCAAAGAGCCAACGACUAUUGAUUUGGGAACACUGGCUGCUAAUCACCAGGCACGAACCAUAGUGGAGUUUACACCUUACAGGGAAGGCUGUCACCGGCUCCUGGCCAACUUCAGAUGCCACAAGUUUGGCUACUGCAAAGGAUAUGCCAAUGCUAUUGUGGAAAGCUCUGCCCCCCAGUGCCAUGAUCAAUGGAACACAUCACUACUGGAACAAAGACUGGCUGAAAAACAGGAAGAGGGAUUUAAAGAAUACCAGCACUGUGUACUUAAGGUGGAGCAAUUCUUAAGGAAGUAA